UUACGGUACGUGGGCCAUGAAAAUAAUGCCACAAAGAAGUAGGGAGUCGAGUAGUUGACACACGAAUGGAUUCGUGGUGAAUAUCCUAACAAAUAACAGGCCACACGCUCCAAGAACCGGCUUUUUCUUUCUAUAUAAAUGUAUUAUUCGUGAUAGAUAUGACGGAAAUGUUUUCGACUCUGUUCGGUCAAAAUGAAGCUCAGGGACCGCCCGGCUCGGCGUCUAUGGGUUUCGGACCAGGGAAACCUCCGCCGCCUCUGCCGCAAAAUCAAGGCUCCAUGACGGGGCAGAUGCCACCGCAGCUCGGGGAUGAAGGGCCUGCUCUGCGGAAGCCCGGAGCCAUGAAUGAACCUUUCUACUUACUGCGGGAGCUUCCUGUGGGAAACGAGUUAACGGGCAACACCAACCUCAUCACGCACUACAACCUAGAGCACGCCUACAACAAAUUCUGUGGGAAGAAGGUGAAGGAGAAGCUCAGCAACUUUCUGCCAGAGUUACCAGGUAUGAUCGACUGUCCGGGCACUCAGGACGGCAGCUCAUUGCGCUCUCUGAUUGACAAGCCUCCAGUAUGUGGGAACUCCUUUAGCCCACUGACAGGCGCUCUGCUCACAGGCUUCAGACUACACACAGGACCGCUACCAGAACAGUACAGACUGAUGCACAUACAGCCUCCAAAGAAGAAGAGCAAGCACAAGCACAAACACCAUCGACCACAGGACCCAUUACCACAAGAAACUCCAUCAGACACUGAUCCCAAGAAGAAGAAGAAAAAGAGGGACGACGAUCCCGACCGCAAGAAAAAGAAGAAAGACAAGAAAAAGAAGAAGAACCGCCACAGUCCCGACCACCCCGGCCUCGCUGGAUCACAACCCAACAGCAACAGCCUCAGAUAGACAGGAACCCACUGUGUGCACGCCGGUUUGAAUGUGUGCGUGACUGUGCAUUUUGUAAGAGUAUGCGUGUGUUUUACAGAUAAUUGUAUUAUUGCGAGUAUGUUUAUUGAGAGAGGAUGAAUCAAAUGCAAAUGCAAAUUUGUUGUAUGAUGUGUGUAAAAGUAAAAGUAGCAGCAACACAGUGGGUGUGUGUGAUGUUGAAAACAAAAUGUUGCGGUGUAAAAGGCAGAAAGCCGCUGGUGAGCUGUGUUAUGAGUGACUGAGCAGACACUGUAUGUAUGUCCCUCUUUGAUUUUGUUGUGAUAUCUUUUGACCAUAAUGCCAAAAUCAAAUAAACAUUGGUUAUUACCUUU